CGACCAUUCCUUCAACGCUCUCAAGAAUUUCAUAUUAUUUCCGAACCAUUACAUGAGUUUAUUCUUAAUCAAUAUGUAGAAGAUGUUAAAAACGGUAUUGCAGAUCCUUCAAAGCCGUCAAAUCCUAAUUUCUUCAUGCCAAAAGUUUUAUCUAUCUUUGACGAAGUUUGGAAAACCCAUUAUGAUGAAUCCUCAAAUAAAUCAAAACGAGUACUUUAUCAUGAACAUUCGCGUAUGCUUCUAAGUGCCAUAUCAGAGACUUCCUUUUUAACAAAUCCUCAAUUUUUGGAGAUGACACACACGUUCUUAAUCCGUAAUCCUAAAAAAUCAGUAAGAUCCUUAUAUAAAGCUGCUACCUUCAUAUUUAAUAAAAGUCCCGAACUUGGUUACAAAGGCUUCGAUAAAAGUCUAGUAGGAUUGAGAGAAUCCAAGCAAAUUUUUGAUUUAUUAAAAGACUUAAAUAAGCAACUUAUUGUUGUGGAUGCUGAUGAUUUGAUUAAUGAUCCAGAAAGAGUUUUGAAGAAAUAUUGCGAGUUAAUUGGAGAGGAAUAUAAAGAAGAAAUGAUUCAUUGGGAGGCAAAACCUGUUAAUGAGUGGAGCGGAAGCCAAAAUACCUCCAUUGUUGCAAAACUUAUGUUCCAUAAUGCGGAAAAUAGUACAGGCUUUAAUAAGUUUACUAAUAAAUAUGAUCAUGAAACUGAAUUUCCACAAAUUGUCUAUGAUGUUAUCGCUGAAAACAAAUC